GUGGUCGUAUAAGAGCAUUUAGGGAGAGACUGAGCCAGCAUGGGGAGAAAGGGUAUUUAGCACUUAGCUUGAAAUGCUAAAAGAUUCAAGCAGUAGCUUACGGUGCUAGGCGAGGACUGAGGAAGGAGAAGGGAUAGUGAACCGAAUCCGGGGCCUCCGAGGAUUGGAACCAGCCUUUCCCUCUCCCCCCACGCUUGCUCCUCAGGGUCAGGAGUUCCACCUGAUCGCCCUCUCUGUUCUUCCUUUAGCACGAGACUUAAGGAUAUUUGUCAUGGAAGUCUCAGAACCUGGCCCGAUGCCUCUCAAUGAAUUGUUCCCCAUGAAGCUCGCUGAGGCCUAUUGCCCCUCUCCCAGUAGCCCCCACCGAGGGGAGGGCCCCUGGCACAGCCCCGCCUGGGAUGGAGCCCUUGGUCUCCGUGGUCACUGGGCUCUGAGUGGUCAGCAGCUAGCCCUCAGCUUCAGGGGCCACUGUGUAGCUGAGAGAGACUUGCAUUUGCUCCCCAACCAUUUAUUGAGUGCUCACCCUGUUCUAGGCCCCAUGCUACACACUGGAGACACAGCAGGGAACCAGAAAAACAGCCCUGAUCUCCUGUCCUCAGGGGAGACAGACAGAGAAGGCCAGGUGCCGUGUAAUUGCAGCCUUGAUGUAAGGAGAGUGCCUUAACUCGAGUGGGCCAGGAGAAGCCUCCCCCCGCUGUGCUGUUAUCUGCUUCAGAGCAGGCGCGGCUGGGUGAGGAUCUUGGCAGAACGCCGGGAACUUGGGGCAGGUUUCACAUCUCAAACUCUCAGUGAACUGGAGUGGAGGGUGGGAGGAGCUAUGGAAGCCACGCCCCCUCCCUGGCUGGAGCCACGCCUCCCCCUCCCCAGCUGGAGUCUCUUCCGGAGCUGUGUUGUCCUGAAACUCCUCCUCCCCUUAUUAGAAAACUCUCUGAGAUCAAGGAGCAUCUAGACUUCUGAUUGAUGGUUAAAAGGACAAUGCAUAGUGCCUAAGGCGUCCUCAGGAGUAAACCCACCCAAGUGGGAGAAAAGAGCGUGCCUCCCUGGAAAUAGUUAAAACGUCCCUGGAGGAUGGAGAAUCUCCAUGUCAGUGGUACCAGCUGUAAGGCUGCUCACCUGUAGAUGAGUGAGGAAGACCCGGCCUGCAGCCCUGAGCAGAGCAGCAUCUGGUGCCCAGGACGAGGGCGAGGGCUGCUGGCUGGUCUCUGAAAUUGCUUUAAAAGCUUGAAGUGCGGUGCUUUAGAAAUGAUGAUGCUGAAGUUCCAAAUUAUCCGUGGGGGCCUGAGGCUCCUAGGUGUCCGCCGAACUUCCACCGCCCCCGCUGCCUCGCCCGGUGUCCGGCGCCUGGAGUACAAGCCCAUCAAGAAGGUCAUGGUGGCCAACAGAGGCGAGAUCGCCAUCCGCGUGUUCCGGGCCUGCACGGAGCUGGGCAUCCGCACCGUGGCUGUCUACUCGGAGCAGGACACUGGCCAGAUGCACCGACAGAAAGCCGACGAAGCCUACCUCAUCGGCCGCGGCCUCGCCCCAGUGCAGGCCUAUCUGCACAUCCCAGACAUCAUCAAGGUGGCCAAGGAAAACAACGUGGAUGCCGUGCACCCUGGCUAUGGGUUCCUGUCAGAGCGAGCAGACUUUGCCCAGGCCUGCCAGGAUGCUGGGGUUCGGUUCAUUGGGCCGAGCCCUGAGGUGGUCCGCAAGAUGGGAGAUAAGGUGGAGGCCCGGGCCAUCGCCAUCGCUGCAGGUGUCCCCGUGGUCCCCGGCACAGAUGCCCCCAUCACCUCCCUGCACGAGGCUCACGAUUUCUCCAACACCUACGGCUUCCCCAUUAUCUUCAAGGCCGCCUACGGGGGCGGGGGGCGCGGCAUGAGGGUUGUGCAGAGCUACGAGGAGCUGGAGGAGAACUACACCCGGGCCUACUCAGAGGCUCUGGCCGCCUUCGGGAACGGGGCGCUCUUCGUGGAGAAGUUCAUUGAGAAGCCGCGCCACAUCGAGGUGCAGAUCCUGGGGGACCAGUACGGGAACAUCCUGCACCUGUACGAGCGAGACUGCUCCAUCCAGCGGCGGCACCAGAAGGUGGUCGAGAUCGCCCCUGCCGCCCACCUGGACCCCCAGCUUCGGAGCCGGCUCACCAGUGACUCUGUCAAGCUUGCAAAGCAGGUGGGCUACGAGAACGCGGGCACGGUGGAAUUCCUGGUGGACAAGUACGGCAAGCACUACUUCAUUGAGGUCAACUCGCGCCUGCAGGUGGAGCACACCGUCACCGAGGAGAUCACCGAUGUGGACCUGGUCCACGCCCAGAUCCACGUGGCCGAGGGCCGGAGCCUGCCUGACCUGGGCCUGCGGCAAGAGAACAUCCGCAUCAACGGCUGUGCCAUCCAGUGCCGGGUCACCACUGAGGACCCCUCGCGCAGCUUCCAGCCGGACACCGGCCGCAUCGAGGUGUUCCGGAGCGGGGAGGGCAUGGGCAUCCGCCUGGACAACGCCUCUGCCUUCCAAGGCGCCGUCAUCUCCCCCCACUACGACUCCCUGCUGGUCAAAGUCAUCGCCCACGGCAAGGACCACCCCACGGCUGCCACAAAGAUGAGCAGGGCCCUUGCCGAGUUCAGAGUCCGAGGUGUGAAGACCAACAUCCCCUUCCUGCAGAAUGUGCUCAACAACCAGCAGUUCCUGGCAGGCACCGUGGACACCCAGUUCAUCGAUGAGAACCCAGAGCUAUUCCAGCUGCGGCCUGCACAGAACCGGGCCCAGAAGCUGCUGCACUACCUUGGACACGUCAUGGUGAACGGCCCAACCACCCCGAUCCCCGUCAAGGCCAGCCCCAGCCCCACGGACCCUAUUGUCCCUGUGGUGCCCAUAGGCCUGCCCCCGGCUGGUUUCAGAGACAUCCUGCUGCGGGAGGGUCCCGAGGGCUUUGCUCGAGCGGUGAGGAACCACCAGGGGCUGCUGCUGAUGGACACGACCUUCAGGGACGCCCACCAGUCACUGCUGGCCACGCGUGUGCGAACCCACGAUCUCAAAAAGAUCUCCCCCUAUGUUGCCCACAACUUCAGCCAACUCUUCAGCAUAGAGAACUGGGGAGGAGCCACGUUUGAUGUUGCGAUGCGCUUCCUGUACGAGUGCCCUUGGCGGCGGCUGCAGGAGCUCCGGGAGCUCGUCCCCAAUAUCCCAUUCCAGAUGCUGCUGCGGGGGGCCAAUGCCGUGGGCUACACCAACUACCCCGACAAUGUGGUUUUCAAGUUCUGUGAGGUGGCCAAGGAGAAUGGCAUGGAUGUCUUCCGGGUCUUUGACUCCCUCAACUACCUGCCCAACCUGCUGCUGGGCAUGGAGGCGGCGGGCAGUGCCGGUGGUGUGGUGGAGGCCGCCAUCUCCUACACGGGUGACGUGGCCGACCCCAGCCGUACCAAAUACUCGCUGCAGUACUACAUGGGCUUGGCUGAAGAGCUGGUGCGAGCUGGCACCCACAUCCUGUGCAUCAAGGACAUGGCAGGGCUGCUGAAGCCAAUGGCCUGCACCAUGCUGGUCACCUCCCUCCGAGACCGCUUCCCUGACCUCCCACUGCACAUCCACACCCACGACACAUCAGGGGCGGGCGUGGCAGCCAUGCUGGCCUGUGCCCACGCUGGCGCUGAUGUGGUAGACGUGGCAGCUGACUCCAUGUCUGGAAUGACUUCACAGCCCAGCAUGGGGGCCCUGGUGGCCUGUACCCGAGGGACUCCCCUGGACACAGGGGUGCCCCUGGACCGAGUGUUUGACUACAGUGAGUACUGGGAGGGGGCCCGGGGACUGUAUGCAGCCUUUGACUGCACGGCCACCAUGAAGUCUGGCAACUCUGAUGUGUAUGAGAAUGAGAUCCCAGGGGGCCAGUACACCAACCUGCACUUCCAAGCAUACAGCAUGGGGCUCGGCUCCAAGUUCAAGGAGGUCAAGAAGGCCUAUGUGGAGGCCAACCAGAUGCUGGGCGACCUCAUCAAGGUAACCCCCUCCUCCAAGAUCGUGGGGGACCUGGCCCAGUUUAUGGUGCAGAACGGGCUGAGCCGGGCAGAGGCCGAAGCUCAGGCAGAAGAGCUGUCCUUCCCCCGCUCAGUGGUGGAGUUCCUGCAGGGGUACAUUGGCAUCCCCCACGGGGGGUUCCCUGAGCCCCUUCGCUCCAAGGUGCUAAAGGACCUGCCAAGGGUGGAGGGACGGCCCGGAGCCUCCCUCCCUCCCCUGGAUCUGCAGGCGCUGGAGAAGGAGCUGACAGAACGGCAUGGGGAGGAGGUGACCCCGGAGGAUGUACUCUCAGCGGCCAUGUACCCCGACGUCUUUGCCCACUUCAAGGACUUCACUGCCACCUUCGGCCCCCUUGACAGCCUCAAUACCCGCCUCUUCCUGCAGGGACCCAAAAUUGCAGAGGAGUUUGAGGUGGAGCUGGAGCGAGGCAAGACGCUGCACAUCAAAGCCCUGGCCGUAAGUGACCUGAACCGGGCCGGCCAGAGGCAGGUCUUCUUCGAGCUCAAUGGACAGCUGCGAUCCAUUCUGGUCAAGGAUACUCAGGCCAUGAAGGAGAUGCACUUCCACCCCAAGGCCCUGAAGGAUGUGAAGGGCCAGAUUGGGGCACCCAUGCCUGGAAAGGUGAUAGACAUCAAGGUGGCAGCAGGGGCCAAGGUGACCAAGGGCCAGCCUCUGUGUGUGCUCAGUGCCAUGAAGAUGGAGACUGUAGUGACUUCGCCCGUGGAGGGCACUGUCCGCAAGGUCCACGUGACUACAGACAUGACACUGGAGGGUGACGACCUCAUCCUGGAGAUUGAGUGAUCUUGCCCCAGACUGGCAGCCUGGCCAUCCCCACCCCAAGCCUUCAAGAUGCUGCGCUGCCAGGGCAGGCCCAGGCCAGCCAGUGCCCGAGGGCAGGAAGGCCGGGCCCUGGAGCUCCUGUCCUCAGUUGUUUGUGGCAGGAGAGACACUGCCUGUGGUGGCCCAUGCCUUUCCUCCUGCCCUCUGUCCCUUCCCUGCCUGUGGACAGUUGCUCACAUAUUCAUCCCUUGCCAAAUAAGGGUCCCCUCCUUGCUGGAGACUACAGGUGGGGGUGCAGGCAGGCCUGGGACCCAGGGGAGCAGACUUAGGGGCCCUGCCUCCUGCAGGGGAAACCUAAGUCCCAGGUCUGAGAACUUCGCUCAAUAAAACUGGCUUUCCCCUUCCCUCCA